CCAUCAAACCCAAACAACAAUUAGCCAUUCUUUGAUUUUUCAUCUAAGGUAGAGUUAGUAGCUUGUUGGAGGUUUGGAUCAACGAAUGUUGUAAAAGGAGACGUAUGUGUAGGCAGCCUGGGAUAAUUUGUUACCUGAGGUAUUCAUCUGAGGGCAAUAAAAGCCCUUGUAUGAGUGAUAAAUUUAUUUGCAUAUUGAGUGCAGUGUGCUAGGUGCUAGCAGAAGCUACAGGGUCCUGGUCCUGACUGAGGUCGGUUUGGAGCAGCAGCAGGAUGACGCAGUCUCUCCGGUGUCCCGGAUGAACGACUGAGAUCGGCACCCUCAAUACUUUCUAACUGUCAGCUGCUGGCAGCACAGACACAUCCGGACUCCAUGCAAACGGGGGGACGGGGUCUUCCAUUUGUUAAAAACAGGAAUCCAGAAGGUGAUGGUGAUGCAAAUUGCUGCAACUAGCCCCCGAGAAUAUAAACAUAUAUUGAGCUGUAGAGGCUAAAUUACCUCGUGGAUAAUAGUAAUCUUAUGAUGCCGUUGGGAUCUUCUACCCGAAGGAGCAAUUAUUUACCUGCAGGUAUUCAAAGCUCGUCCGUUGGGAACCCGGUUUAACCCACAGGAAUGACCAUUUGAAACUUACUGAACCACUUAGAAUUUUAAGAUUUCUAGGUCACAUGUAGCUUACCUCCUUGGUGUUUUGCUCCAUGGUGAAGGCACGACAAACUAACUCUGUUGACAUAAGGUGGUGACAACUCUAUCAUUAAUGACAAGUGUUUUCAUGCUCCCAUUCAUACAUACUUAAGCUCCACAUUGCUGGGUAUCCUGCUAAAAUGACUACAGAGUGGGGUGAAAAAUCCUCAGCGGACCUUAUGAGUAGGUAUGUCUCCAAGGAAAUGGGAUAUGGAGUGCCCAAGGAGGGUUGGCGUAUCUGCCUGGCACAUGAGUUCAAGGAGAAGAGAAAGCCCUUUCAAGCAAAAGAUGUCUCACUGUCCAAUGUCUUGGAGCACAUUGGUCUUGGAAUCAGGUAUCUAAAGUGGUGGUACAAGAAGACCCAGGUGGAAAAGAAAGCUCCAUUUAUUGAUAUGUUUCGUGCCCAACCCUUGCGUCAAAUAUAUGGUGCUCCACUUGGCGGUAUUGGAGGAGGCACCAUCACGAGAGGUUGGAAGGGGGAAUUCUGCAGAUGGCAACUAAACCCCGGGAUGUACCACUACAAAACUGUCACAGCAAACCAGUUCACAGUGUGUUUGCGACGUGGUGGGCAAACAGUUUACCAGCAGGUGCUAUCUGUAGAGCGUCCUCCCACACUACAAGGCUGGAACUGGGGCUACUGCGGAGAGUAUGCUUUCUAUCACGCCUUGUACCCCCGCGCCUGGACCGUCUACCACCUGCCAGGACAGAAUGUCACCUUAACCUGCAGACAGAUUUCCCCAGUCAUCCCCCAUGACUACCAGGACUCUAGUCUCCCAGUGGCAGUAUUUGUGUGGGACAUAGAGAACAAGAAUGACUUCGUUCUGGAUGUCUCCAUCAUGUUCACUAUGGUCAAUGGGUCGGGACACAAGGACGACAAGAGUGGGGGACACUGGAAUGAACCAUUCCACCUGGAGAAGGAGGGGGAGGCGGUGUCUGGGGUCUUGCUACAUCACUGCCCUGCAGUGAACCCUUACACUCUGUGCAUCGCAGCCAGAGAACAGCCCGACAGGGAGGUCAGUCACCAGACAGCGUUCAGUCCAAAGGGAACCUGCAGCGGCUUGUGGAGUGACCUCAUCACUGACGGACGGCUGGACUCUCCUACAGGUGUGAAGGGAUGAGACAGAUUCAUAAUAAAACAGAUGUCUGAAUUUGUUUCCUCAACAUGAAGCAGAAACAUGGAAAAAAAAAAAGUGGAAACAGAUAUGACAAAACGCACAUACGGAAGGUGGUUUAAAGAGAGGGAACACAUCAGGAGAUACACGCGUUACUUUGGGACCAAAGGGGACGCGUCCCCCUCACUCAGUCACUACGCCCUAACACACUACACACAGUGGGAGAAGAGCAUUGAGGAGUGGCAAAGACCCAUACUGCAGGACAGUUCUCUCCCCUCCUGGUAUAAGUCAGCGCUGUUUAAUGAGUUGUACUUUGUGGUGGAUGGAGGGACCGUGUGGACAGAGCUACCAGAGGACGCUGAUGUCAGUGGUGGGGUGCGCAGCGAGGACGGGGGUCUGCCAGCUCAACCUCCUGUUAUCAAGGAGUUUGGCCGUUUUGCCUACCUAGAAGGUCAGGAGUACAGAAUGUACAACACAUACGAUGUGCACUUCUACGCCUCCUUUGCACUUAUCAUGCUGUGGCCCAAACUUGCCUUGAGUGUGCAAUACGAUAUUGCUGGCAGUGUGGUUCAGCAGGACCCCACAGAGAGGCUCCAUCUGAUGAGUGGGCGGUAUUCUCCUGUCAAGGCCAAAAACGUGGUUCCUCACGACAUAGGAGACCCAGAUGAUGAGCCAUGGCAGAGGGUAAAUGCCUACCUCAUCCAUGACACUGCAGACUGGAAGGACCUGAACCUGAAGUUUGUCCUGCAGGUCUACAGGGACUUUCAUCUCACACAGGACAAUCAGUACCUGCAGGACAUGUGGCCCGUCUGCCAGGCGGUAAUGGAGUCAGAGAUGAAGUUCGACCUGGAUGGAGAUGGCCUGAUAGAGAACUCUGGAUAUGCUGACCAGACCUAUGACGGUUGGACGGUGACUGGACCAAGUGCGUACUGUGGUGGGCUGUGGUUAGCGUCCCUGUGUGUGAUGUGUAAAAUGGCCAAACUGGUGGACAAUGAAGAGACAUACCAACGUUAUAGAGACAUCUUGGACAGGGGCAGUGCUGCUUUUGACAAACUGCUGUGGAACGGCAAGUACUACAACUAUGACAGCAGUGGGAGAGACCUUUCUAAUAGUGUCAUGUCUGACCAGUGUGCUGGCCACUGGUUCCUGAGAGCAUCCGGGCUGGGAGAGGGAGACUACCAGGCUUUUCCAAAAGAAAAAAUUCAGAGUGCACUAAAAUCUGUCUUUGACUUGAAUGUAAUGAGCUUCGCUGGAGGCCAGAUGGGGGCAGUUAACGGCAUGCGUCCUGAGGGAGUGCCCGACCGCUCCAGUGUCCAGUCAGAUGAGGUCUGGAUUGGAGUAGUGUAUGGACUGGCAGCCACUAUGAUCCAUGAGGGCAUGCUGGAAGAGGGUAUGCGCACGGCGGAGGGUUGCUACCGAACUGUGUGGGAGAGGCUGGGCAUGGCCUUCCAGACUCCUGAAGCCUACUGUGAGAAGAGCAUCUAUCGCUCUCUGGCGUACAUGAGGCCUCUGAGCGUCUGGGCCAUGCAGCUAGCCCUGAACACCUCGCAGAAGGAUCGGACCACAUCAGCUCAAACUGGAGCCACAGACGGGGAGCAGGGACGGGAUUUGAGAGUAAAUCAGAGCUAGGACCUGAGCCAUUAGACUGGUGAGAUUGGAGAGGUACAGUGAGUUCCUCUGAAAACGACUUCCAAACUCUCCUGCAGCCACCACCCUCAUCUGCACGCCGCCGCCUCCCCCCCCCCCGCUGCUCUGUUUGACACACCUUCAAUUUAAUGCUCUACAGUUUAUUUUGCUUCAAAUGUUUGAGACUCAAUGUCAGAACUGCGAUUGUUUCUGCUUGACAAAGUCAGUAGUAACUGUAGAUUAUGGUAUUAUGGUGAGGAGUUUAACUUUUUUUUCAAGAGACUGCAAGUUUUUUAUUUAUUUAUUUUUUUUAGUCGUGCGGUGUUGGGUGGUAGCCAGGCUAAUGUCAAAAUUAGAGCCAGUCUGUAUUGAUAAUAAAAAUUUACCUUGUGUUUCUGCAACAUAUUGUCUGUUUGCACGCACACACAUGCAAGCACUACAUUUCACAAUCCUCAAUAAUGUUAGCAUAUUUUGGAUAAGUUUAUAUGCUAAAUAUUUGAGGGCUGUGUUAGUAUACCACUCACAUGUAGUCAUUGUCUUUUUAAUAGCAUUUGGUGCCUUGUUGCAUGUUGGCCAUAUCUACAGUAUAUUAAUAUAGUGGCAACAUUUGCAAUGUUUUUCAAAAUCAAUAACUCAUGACAAUCAUGCUAAAUAAAUUACUGAAUGAGAUUCAA